AUGGCUACAAAUGAUGGUGAAGAAGAAACUGUACAAAAAUUGAUAGAAAAACUACUUGACGAGGAAGAAAAACCACAACAAGUAAUCAAACAACUUGAGGAUGAAAUCGAAAAAAUGAAGCGCAAAGCUGAAGAAAUUGAACUGAUCGAGAGAACAAAACAUCAAGAUGAAAUCGAAAAAAUGAAACAUGAAGCUCAAGAUAUGCAACAAAUCGAACGAGCAAUAUAUCAAUAUGAAAUUAAAGAAAUCAAACGUAAAAUUGAAACAACGAAACAUGAACGUAAAAUAUAUAAACGUAUAAAUGAAACAUUUGUUCGUCAACGUGAAAUAAUAAGACGUAAAAAUGAAUUGAAAAUACAAAUCGAAAAAGCAAAACAGCAACAAAUACAUGAAUCGUAUCAAAAUAAAAAACGGAAGCUAGAUAUCGAAUCUGAUUCAUUAUCAAUUAAAAGAGGUCCUAAUGUGUUUAAAUCUCAUAAAUACUUUCACGAUAUCAAUGUACCCGAUGAUUUACAAUCGUUCGAUAUUAAUGUAGUAUUAAAUGACAAUAAUUAUUUUAAUGAUAAUAUAUUAAAUUAUAUUGAAUAUUAUUCAAAUCAAUUUUCAUCAUAUCCUAAAUUAAACGAAGAAGAAAUUCAAAAGGAUUUGAUCAAUUAA